AGGCUACCAACUUUCCUAUUUUCAGAAAAAUUACAUAGAUGGCAAUGACGUUGUUGCACCCUUCUUUCUCGGAAAACAAACACCUCUUCCUUCUCUCCCUCUCUCACUUUCGCAACACAAAACCCUACUACUCACUCAAAUGAAGAACCUCUUCAAGUCCAAACCCAAAUCUUCUGUCGAAAUCGUCAGGCAAACUCGGUCCCUUCUCCUUCUCCUCAAUGGCAGCGGUGACUUUCGCGCCUCCAAGCGGGACGAGAAGAUGGACGAAUUAAAUAAACACAUUCGAGAGCUAAAGCUGAUCCUUUAUGGAAGUAGUGAUUCUGAGCCUGUUGCCGAGGCUUGUGCACAAUUGACCCAGGAAUUUUUCAAAGAGAACACUAUGCAUCUUCUCAUUGUCUCUCUUCCAAAACUAGGCUUGGAGGCACGUAGAGAUGCCACCCAAGUGGUUGCAAAUUUACAGAGGCAACAGGUUCAGUCUCGGAUGAUUGCUUCUGCUUACUUGGAAGCUAACUUAAAUCUUAUUGAUAUUUUGAUAUCAGGGUAUGAGGAUCCAGACCUUGCUCUGCAUUAUGGUGGUAUGUUGAGGGAGUGCAUACGUCACCAGAGCAUUGCAAGGUAUGUCUUGGAAUCGGGACACAUAAAGAAGUUUUUUAACUAUAUACAGCUUCCUAAUUUUGAUAUUGCAGCAGAUGCCAUGGCAACUUUCAAGGAGCUUUUGAUCAGGCACAAGUCCACUGUUGCUGGAUUCCUUUCAAAGAAUUAUGAUUGGUUCUUUCAGGAUUUCAAUUCCAAGCUGCUGGAAUCUGACAGUUAUAUCACCAAACGACAAGCUGUUAAGCUUUUAGGUGAAAUUUUACUUGAUCGUUCAAAUUCUGCAGUCAUGGUACGAUAUGUGAGCUCCAAAGAUAACUUGCGGAUUCUAAUGAAUCUUCUGAGGGAAUCAAGCAAGAACAUCCAGAUGGAUGCAUUUCAUGUGUUCAAGCUAUUUGCUGCCAAUCAAAAUAAACCUCCUGAGAUUGUUAGUAUACUCAUCGCAAAUAGAAGCAAGCUUUUGCGAUUCUUGGCUGAGUUUAAGAUGGAUAGAGAGGAUGAGCAGUUUGAGGAAGACAAAACGCAGGUGGUCAAAGAAAUAGCUGAAUUAAAACAAGCAAGUAGCCCUUGAACGGCCAUGGAGUAUGUACAGCCUGUAUUAUAUAGUACGAAUUAAGUAUUGCCAGAUGAGGCUAGCUGCAGAUGGCAUCACCUGAUAUAACAGGUUCAAACGAAAUAAAGAAACUAAUAAUGAGUGGUGAAUUUCUUGUUAGAAUUUUUGUAAUUUGAUGGAAGUCUGUUAUGUGAGAACGUUUACACAUUACACAAGUUGGUUGUUUUGGGAGUUGAAAUAAACUAAACUAAGCUAAAUUGGAUA